AUGGUGUAUUGCAUUCUCUUCACAGUGACGCUGAGUACGAAGGCGCAAGAGCGUCCCUUCCUGGAGGCUUUCCGGCAGCUGCAGCAGCACUACAAGCAGCACGAGCCCGGCCUCAUCACGUACGAGCUGCACCGCGACGAGAGUAACCCGCUGCGCUACUGUGUGGUGGAACGCUAUGCGUCGCGCGAGGACGUGAAGGAGGUGCACAAGCAGAGCGCCCCGCUUCAGCACUUCUUAGCUGCGCUGCAGCGGCUUGACAUCAGCAACACUUCCCGUGCUGAGUUUUCGAGCGACCGCGUCAUGGCAGAGCUGCAGUCGAUGCCAGUCAGCGCCGACGACGUGCAGCUCGCCGCCCGUGUGGCGGACGCGUCGGCCGCGCCGCUGCGGCAGCAGAAGGGCGUGCUUGUCUUCUGCGGCUCCCGUGUGGGGGCGAAGCGCAGCUACGUCGCCGAGGCGGAGGCGCUGGGCGAGUACCUCGCCGUGACGUGCAGACUGCCGCUCGUGUACGGCGGCGGCACCGUUGGUGUCAUGGGCGCUGUGGCGCGGGCAACAAAGCAGCACGGCGGGCGUGUUGUGGCGGUGACGCCGCACGCACUGAUGCCGCGCGAGGUGAUGGGUGAUAUGCUGGGCGACGUGGUGUACAUGACGCAGACGAUGAGCGAGCGCAAGAGCAUCAUGUUCGCCCACUCUAGCAUGGUGGUAGCUCUUCCGGGUGGACUGGGGACGUUUGACGAGCUGCUGGAGGUGCUGACGCUGCAGCAGCUUAAUGCGUACCAGACGAAGAUCGGCAUUGUCAAUGUGGAUGGCUUCUUUGACCCCUUCCUCGCGCACCUGCAGCACAUGGUGAGGGAGGGCUUUCUGGAAGAGUACAUCACGUCUGCGUUUGUUGUGCGGCCCACCGCGGUGGAGCUGAUGCAGGCUCUGGAGUCGUUCACGCCGCCAUCUCCGCCGGGGGCCUCGCUGCAGUGGCACACGCGUCCGUAG